GUGAUACAUAUACCGGCUACCGCCACACGAUGUGCACUGUGCAGUGCUCAUGUAUAAUGUCAAUUUUGUACCUAUAAAUUUCAAGCCCGCGUGACAAUCACUGUGUUUUAAAAUUAAUGUGGAUUUCAGUUUAGUUCGGUAAAUUAUCAACAAAAACGAGUUUUAGUUUUAUUUAAUAGGUAGCAAUAAACGUGAUCAAGCAUUGUUUUUGCGAAUUAUUUUAAUGCUUCUCAAUAUCCAGAAAUAUUAGUGUUAUUUUGAAAACUUACAUAAAUGUAGCAACUCUUUAUUUUUUCAUUUAGAAAGCAGUUGAGACACUUGUAUACGCUAGUGAAUGUGAAAUAGAUUUUGAGUUGUUUCAUCAAAAUAAAAAUAUUUUCGUACUAGUUGUCAACGAUGAAAAUGAAUGUUCAUCGAGAAAGAUUUAGAUCUGGCAGCAGUACUGACGAAAAUGAAUCCGGAUCUGAACAAGAACAUGAACUCAUGUCCCAAAAUGAACUUGCAAUGAUUAAUUCUAUCGGAGCUCCCGUCCGCAAACGAAGGGGAAACUUGCCUAAACAUUCAGUGAAAAUCUUAAAGAGAUGGUUGUAUGAACAUCGGUAUAAUGCUUAUCCAAGUGAUGCUGAAAAAUUAACACUCUCUCAAGAAGCCAACCUGACAGUUUUACAGGUUUGUAAUUGGUUUAUCAAUGCAAGAAGAAGAAUUUUACCUGAAAUGAUUAGAAGAGAAGGACAUGAUCCACUACACUAUACAAUAUCUCGACGAGGUAAAAAAUUGAGCAGUGUAAAUGGUAUGAUUGAUCAGCCAUCUGUAAACUGGAAUGGGGAUUUGCCAGAUAUGAGAAGAAAGCGUAUUAGGCUUGAUCAUGACUAUGGUGACAGCAUGACAUUGAUGUAUCGCUCUGAAGAAGAUAGCCCUAAUGAGUAUGAAAGCUCUAGUCCUAGUGAAGAAGAGAAGUUCACACCUUGGCAAACUGUCAUCCGUUAUGGUGUUCCAAGAGAUGUAAAUCAUCCUGCUAAUCGAGGAACACUCAAGGAGAACAUCGGCGGCAGCGAUUAUUGGAAUGCUCCUCAUUCUCAAAUUUCUCAUCUAUCACAGCUAUCCCCACUUCCAAAUCCUAAAGUACAAGUAGUUCCUACUCACUCUGAUGAACACGUUAAUCAAGAUCCUUUAAUAAGCGAUACAGAGGACAGGGACAAAUUCAAAUGCUUAUACUUACUUGUGGAAACUGCGGUUGCAGUACGACAACGUGAGAAGGAACAAAACGACACUCAAAUAUAGUUUAAAAUGCCAAGUAGUGUUUAACCAAUAGUGCCUUAAAUUUAAUCACAGAUUCAAAAAAAAUUAUGCAUCAAAUUGUUUUAACUAAAGGAACAGUUUUCUAUUGCAAAAUUAAGGGACUGUAACUGUCUUGGUAUUUAUGGUUUAAAAUUGUUACCUACUCUAUAAUAGCUUAUGUAUGUUUUUUUUUUAAUAUAUCUAAUUGAAUUUGAAAUCGCUGACUCAAAUAUUUCUGAUAUAUAGAUUAGAAUUUUUUUCCAUUCAAAAAAGUAACUAGUAAAUUACAGUGAAAAAAUAUUUUCAAUAAGCUAGUCAUUGUCAACAGAUUGACAGAGAGUUUAAUAGAUUCUUCUAUUUUCAGAUUAGCAUAACCUUUUUAAUCUUCUCUCAUACAAUACAAAUUAGUAAUCAAUCUUGUAAAACUAAGUUGUGUGUUUUCAAUAUAUUUUGACUUUAUUAUCAAAAGUUCUGAUACAUACUUAGUUGGAAGCAAGCUCUAAAAAAUCCUCCCUGUGUUAUUUCUUAUGAAAACUUACAAAGUAUACAGAAGUUUGCAUCCAAUUGAAUUAAACCAUUGUUACUACUGAUAUUUUACAAUAAAUUUAACAAAUAACUUAGGCUUUGCAAGUAUGACUAAUUUGUUACUAUUGUUGUUCAAAUUAUCAUUUACGUGAUCUUUGAGAAGAUACACUAUCACUAGUUUCCUGGUGAAAUGAUUAUGUAAUGGUGAAUUAAUUUCAUUAUCGCAAGUUUUCUACGGGAUCUUGGCAUAAAAACAUGAAAUUCCUGAGAUUUAUUCUUUUUCACUCGAUCUUAUGUAGUCAUUUUCUUCAACUUCAUUUUAUUCUUAAUUCUAUAUAUUUGUUAGUAUCUUCCAGUUUUUUCUUUGUUAGAUAUGUAAUUUUGACUAAAGUACAAUAUAUCAAGACUUUUCUAUAGUAAAUAUUUCUCUAGUUUUCAUAUUAUUUAUUUUUAUCAGCCUUUUGAAUCUUAAUUUCAGUUUGGUUAUAUAAACUUUUUUUUCAACACUUUAUUCAGUGUAUUUGUUUGAUUUUGCUUAUUUUGCUAAUUUUUAUUUGGAAAAAUGUAGAAUUUAAUUUAAAAAAAACUUGAGAUCUGUGAGAAUUGUUUGGAAAACUAUAAUAAAACAAAUCAAAAUGUAUGCCAUUUCCCUUCAAACAUAAAAACAUUUUUCUUUUCUGUAAAAAUUAUAAUACAAUCAUCACAAAGAAAUGUGUAAUUCAUAAAAAACGUGCUACCACUCUGAAGGUUAUUGCUCUGGUAUCAUAUUUAAGGAAAGUACUUAAGUUUGGUUAAAAUACAUAUAUUAUCUUUUAAUUUGCUAAAUUUUGAUCGAUAAAAUGUUUUUAUAAGUGAAUUUUUAUACAUGUUCCUUUAAUUAAAACGAAAUAUUUUGAUGUGGACAAUAUUCUAUUUGUGAGAGUUAUUUUUUCAUAUUUGAGACAUUUAUAUGGAUUUUCACCUUGAGCUCAAAUUUGUUUAUAUAUUAUAAAUAUUGUAUAAAGAUGUACAUGGUGAUUCAUAAGAAUGGCAACGGCUUCUUUAUUAUUAUUAUGUUAUGCAUACUUGAAUCAUUUUCUUGCUAAUUUUUUGAGGGAUGUUAACUUAGGCGUGUUUGAUAGAUUGCCAGGUGCUAUAUUUUUAAGAAUCACUUAAAUUGCACCUGAUAUAAUGUGAAUAAUGUGUGCCAGCCAUUUUUGUUUUUAUGACAUAGAGUUUUAUAGUAAGGUUGUAAGUUAGUUUCUAGUUUCAUAAUUUUUAUUGUUUUAAUUUUGAUGUCUUUACUUCCAGAGAGAUAAUAAAUGAAUGUUUGCAAUUA